AUGGUGACUGGUUCUCCUGAUGCAGAAUUCUCAGUUGUUAUUGAAUCUACAGUUGGAGAGGACUCAGUGGUGACUAGUUCUCCUGAUGUGGAUUUCUCACUUGUUACUGACUCUACAGUUGAAGAGAAUUUAUCAGUGAUUGGUUCUCCUGAUGUGGAUGUCUCAGAUGUCACUGACUCUACAGUUGGAAAGGAUUCACUGGUGAUUGGAUCUCUUGAUGUGGAUUUCUCAGAUGUAACUAAAUCUACAGUUGGAGAGAACUCACUAGUUACUGCUUCUCCUGAUGUGGAUAUAGCAGAUGUUACAAAAUCAACAGUUGGAAAGGAUUUGCUGGUAAGUGGUUCUGCUGAUAAGGAUGUUUCAGAUGUCACUGACUCUAUAGUUGGAGAUGACUCACUGGUGAAUGGUUCUCCUGAUGUGGAUAUUUCAGAUGUAACUAAAUCAAUGGUUGGAGAGGAUUUGCUGGUAAAUGAUGUCACUGACUCUGCAGUUAGAGAUGACUCACUGGUGACUGGUUCUCCAGAUGUGGAUAUCUCAGAUGUUUCUGAAUCAACAGUUGGGGAAGAUUCACUGGUGACUGGUUCUCCAGAUAUGGCUGUCUCAGAUGUUACUAACUCUAUAGUUGAAAAAGAUUCAUCGGUGACUGGUUCUCCAGAUGUGUAUGUUUCAGAUGUUCCUGAAUCAACAGUUGGGGAAGAUUCACUGCUGACUAGUUCUCCUGAUGGGGAUGUCUCAUAUGUUAUUAUUUCUACUGUUGGAGAUGAUCCACUAGUGAUGGAAUCUACUGAUGUGGAUGGCUCAGUUGUUACUGACUCUACAGUUGAAAAAAAUUCAUUGGUGACUGGAUCCCCAGAUGUGGAUGUCUCAAAUGUUACUGGCUCUACAGUUGAAGAAGAUUCAUCAGUGACUGGUUCUCCAGAUGUGGAUGUCUCAGAUGUCACUGACUCUAUAGUUGAAGAGGACUCAUCAGUGACUGGUUCUCCAGAUGUGACUGGUCCUAAGGAUGUGGAUGUCUCAGAUGUUACUGACUCUACAGUUGAAGAAGAUUCAUCAGUGACUGUUUCUCCAGAUGUGGAUGUCUCAGAUGUUAUUGACUCUACAGUUGAAGUGGAUUCAUCAGUGACUGGUUCUCCAGAUGUGGCUGUCUCAAAUGUUAUUGACUCUACAGUUGAAGAGGAUUCAUCAGUGACUGGUUCUCCAGAUGUGGAUGUCUCAGAUGUUACUGACUCUACAGUUGAAGAGGAUUCAUUGUUGUCUGGUUCUCCAGAUGUGGCUGUCUCAGAUGUUAUUGACUCUACAGUUGAGAAGGAUUUAUCAGUGACUGGUCCUCCGGAUGUGAAUGUCUCAGAUGUUACUGACUGCACAGUUGAAGAGGAUUCAUCAGUGACUAGUUCUCCAGAUAUGGCUGUCUCAGAUGUUACAGACUCUUUAGUUGAAGAUGAUUCAUCAGUGACUGGUUCUCUAGAUGUGGCUGUCUCAGAUGUUACUGACUCUACAGUUGAAGAGGAUUCAUUGGUGUCUGGUUCUCUAGAUGUGGCUGUCUCAGAUGUUAUUGACUCUACAGUUGAAGAGGAUUCAUCAGUAAUUGGUUCUUCAGAUGUGGCUGUCUCAGAUGUUACCGACUCUACAGUUGAGAAGGAUUCAUCAGUGAGUGGUCCUCCGGAUGUGAAUGUCUCAGAUGUUACUGACUCUACAGUUGAAGAGGAUUCAUCAGAAACUGGUUCUAAGGAUGUGGAUGUCUCAGAUGUUACUGACUCUACAGUUGAAGAGGAUUCAUUGGUGUCUGGUUCUCCAGAUGUGGCUGUCUCAGAUGUUAUUGACUCUACAGUUGAAAAAGAAUCAUCAGUGACUGGUUCUUCAGAUGUGGCUGUCUCAGAUGUUACUGACUCUACAGUUGAGAAGGAUUUAUCAGUGACUGGUUCUCCGGAUGUGAAUGUCUCAGAUGUUACUGACUGUACAGUUGAAGAGGAUUCAUCAGUGACUAGUUCUCCAGAUAUGGCUGUCUCAGAUGUUACAGACUCUACAGUUGAAGAUGAUUCAUCAGUGACUGGUUCUCCAGAUGUGGCUGUCUCAGAUGUUACAGACUCUACAGUUGAAGAGGAUUCAUCAGUGACUAGUUCUCCAGAUGUGGCUGUCUCAGAUGUUAUUGACUCUACAGUUGAAGAGGAUUCAUCAGUGACUGGUUCCCCAGAUGUGCCUGUUUCAGAUGUUAUUGACUUUACAGUUGAAGACGAUUCAUCAGUGACUGGUUCUCUAGAUGUGGAUGUCUCAGAUGUUACUGACUCUACAGUUGAAGAGGAUUCAUUGGUGUCUGGUUCUCUAGGUGUUGCUGUCUCAGAUGUUAUUGAUUCUACAGUUGAAGAGGAUUCAUCAGUGACUGGUUCUCUAGAUGUGGAUGUCUCAUAUGUUACUGACUCUACAGUUGAAGAGGAUUCAUUGGUGUCUGGUUCUCUAGAUGUGGCUGUCUCAGAUGUUAUUGACUCUACAGUUGAAGAGGAUUCAUCAGUAAUUGGUUCUUCAGAUGUGGCUGUCUCAGAUGUUACUGACUCUACAGUUGAGAAGGAUUCAUCAGUAAGUGGUCCUCCGGAUGUGAAUGUCUCAGAUGUUACAGACUCUACAGUUGAAGAGGAUUCAUCAUCAGUGACUGGUUCUCCAGAUGUGGCUGUCUCAGAUGUUACUGACUCUACAGUUGAAGAGGAUUCAUCAGAAACUGGUUCUAAGGAUGUGGAUGUCUCAGAUGUUACUGACUCUACAGUUGAAGAGGAUUCAUUGUUGUCUGGUUCUCCAGAUGUGGCUGUCUCAGAUGUUAUUGACUCUACAGUUGAAGACGAUUCAUCAGUGACUGGUUCUCUAGAUGUGGAUGUCUCAGAUGUUACUGACUCUACAGUUGAAGAGGAUUCAUCAGUGACUGGUUCCCCAGAUGUGCCUGUCUCAGAUGUUAUUGACUCUACAGUUGAAGACGAUUCAUCAGUGACUGGUUCUCUAGAUGUGGAUGUCUCAGAUGUUACUGACUCUACAGUUGAAGAGGAUUCAUUGUUGUCUGGUUCUCCAGAUGUAGCUGUCUCAGAUGUUAUUGACUCUACAGUUGAAGAGAAAUCAUCAGUGACUGGUUCUUCAGAUGUGGCUGUCUCAGAUGUUACUGACUCUACAGUUGAAGAGGAUUCAUCAGUGACUGGUUCCCCAGAUGUGCCUGUCUUAGAUGUUAUUGACUCUACAGUUGAAGACGAUUCAUCAGUGACUGAUUCUCUAGAUGUUGAUGUCUCAGAUGUUAUUGACUCUACAGUUGAAAAGGAUUCAUUGGUGUCUGGUUCUCUAGAUGUGGCUGUCUCAGAUGUUAUUGACUCUACAGUUGAAGAGGAAUCAUCAGUGACUGGUUCUUCAGAUGUUGCUGUCUCAGAUGUUACUGACUCUACAGUUGAGAAGGAUUUAUCAGUGACUGGUUCUCCGGAUGUGAAUGACUCAGAUGUUACUGACUGUACAGUUGAAGAGGAUUCAUAA